AUGUUCGGUGAAGAUUCUACUUUUCAGAGGCAGCCACUGCAGAAGACAAUAGGAGGCUUGGUGCCCAAGUGCUCAGAGUGGUUCUUCCUCGCAAAAGGAAAUGGGGAUUUGCCCGCGACCCCCGGGCAAAUCCCGAUUUUCUUUUGCGAAGAAGAAGGCAAAGGUGAUACUCCAUCACCAAGGAAAUUAAAUUUUUUGGUGAUGGAUGAAAAUGUCACUGGGGAGGGUACAGUCCAGCGACUUCAGCUGUUCAACCCAAAAGGCAAGUUCAUGAAGGUGCUACUGAUGUGAGGGGACGGCAAGGUGGGUGGGAUGACGGAUUUCUGCCUGGACAAUAAUGGCAACAUUGUGGUCUGUGAUGAUGCUGACUCUGCUCGCAUCCAUGCUUUUGACUAUGAUGGAAAUGAGACCCUGUCAAUCAAUGUCAGCGCAGAUGAGCAGAGUUCUGAUGCCCCUCAUCAUAUCGUCUGUGUAUAUGUGGAUGCCGGUGGCUUGAUAUAUGCUGCUGAUAGUGGUGCUUCAUGUGUCUGUAUCUAUCACCCGGAUGGCAAACUCAAAGCUAGAUUUGGCAAGCAUGGGGAUGGAGAGGGGGAAUUCAAGGGCUUCUCUAGCCUCUGUGUUGACGAUGGCAAGAUCUAUGUAUUGGAUGGACAAACCAGCCGAACCCAAAUCUUUGACGCAGAUGGGAAUUACAUGUCUAGUUUUGGGUCUAAUGUUGCCCCUGCUCAUUUGAUGAUUCAUAAUGGCCAGGCUUAUGCUGUUAACCACGACAAUCAUGAAGUUGAAGUCUACAGCAUGGAUGGAGAGAAGCAGACGAAGACUGAAGGUGGUUUUGGAGAGGGCUUGGAGCAAUUCUGGUUCCCUAGCAGUGCUGCGGCGAUGAAAGAUGGCAGCAUUGCCAUAUCAGAAAGGGAGAACCAUAGGGUGAAAGUCUUUAAGUUCCAGUGACUGGUUUCCAGACAAUGGGUUUCUGAGAAGAAAUUUCAGUAAAAUUGUUUGAUAAUUCCUUUAUGGUCUAAUGCAAUUGUUUUUAGAGGUAAUGGUUAAACAUCAAAAUUAUAAAUAAAUGGGUACAAAUAACAAGAAUUUAUAGGUAAAUGACAAAAAUGAACAGAUUUAGUCGGAAUUAAUUCUUAAUUAAGCAUAAGUUUCACUGAUAUUCGAAUAGUUUCAAUUCAGUUAGAUUUUCUAUUUAAAAAUGCUAGUAUAAGGCAUUUUGCUUAAAAAAAAAUUUGUUUAGACUUUGUUUUAUACCAGGAUAUAAAAAAUAAACUAUAGCAUACCCUAAA